AUGGAAGUGAUGAUCUGUGACCAUUUUCGGUGUUCUCCACUUUCCAUCUUAUCUUCUUAUCGUUCUUCUUUUUCUCCUUCAACACGUUACCCUCUCUCUGUACCUUCUUAUUCUCCUUCUUUCAGGCUUAAACCUUCUUCUUCAUCUCUCUCUUCCUCUCGCAUGGAAGAGACCCAGGAGACCCACGACCAUGGCCGCUCCAAAUUCAUCGACUUUCCGUUCGUUUCAGCUGCCCAGAAGAAUCUGAUGGUCGAACUCGUUUCGAAGCUUGAGGAUCGCUUUCAUUCUCAGCUUCUUCCUUGCACACUCCCCCCUGAUGUUCAGUAUUACCAGAGCCAAACUGGCACUGCCCAAGCUUCCCUUCAUAUCAGAUCAGCCACUGAUGACUCUCCGGUGAAUUUUCUCUUCUUAAAUUCCUCAAUUUCAAUAUAA